AUGUCAAACCAGGGUGAAAAUCGGUCGCGGGGUUCGCAAUCGGGUCAGGAUGUGUCUCAACCGGGAAAUGCAAGCAACACUUCCGACGAUACGUACAUGCCAUCAGAGGAAGAAGGGUCUUGGUAUGAGUUCAUGCACGGAUACAUGCCGGAGUCAGCCAGUGACUCGGACAGUACGAACUAUUGGCGCUAUGGACCUUGGGAAGUGCCAAUGCAACCGUACUAUUCAUCUUCAGAAAGCACCAGAGCGCCGAAUGAUCACGAUCAACACAACACAACACCACGACAGUCACCAAAUGGAGUCGCAAAUGGUCACCCACAACCUAAUCAAUCGGAGGAACAACAAACUAUUGGAGCAAACAACUCUCAAGGAAACCAAUCACCAGAACAGCCUAGCCCAAAUGGACAACCACCACUUGAUCCAACCCUCACUAUGGUCCACAACUUACUGUCUCAAGUCUUACACCAGGGAGCAAGCAAUGGAACGCCUCCUCCCCCGGAUUUUCUUAAGUACGUGACUAUGAUGAAGACUUUGGGAACUUAUCGAUUUGAAGGAAGCUACAAUCCGGACGAGGCUGACACAUGGAUGCAAUGUUUGGACAAGAAUUUCGCAGCGACAAGAUGUCCAACCGAGUUCAAGAAGGAUGUAGCAGUCUACUACUUGGAGAAAGAAGCCCUAGGAUGGUGGAAUAGUGUUGAUAGGCAAACCAACCACACUAUAAUCAUAUGA